CCAAGGAAUAGAGCUGUCCCAGAUCUUGGAUUCGAUUCCAACUGUGGUGGUCAAAACACUGAAUGCCUCAUCCAGGAGGGUUCUGAUACAGAGAACAACUCACCUAUUAUAUCCGCAGCUGACCGAGAUGUCAUCAUGGUUCCUAGAUCUCUCCACUUGCCCUCUAGUGUCAACCCACCCAAGGACUUAAUCCGCUGCCUGCCCCCUCAUCUGUCCACGUACAUCCUGGGGCUUUUGGAUCAGAAAUCCCUCACUUCAUGUGCUGCUGUGAGCAGAUGCUGGGAACAUCUGGCCGCACAAGUCAAGAAGGAACGUGCAUGUCAUAGUGUAAUACAGGAGAACAUCGUGUAUUUGCAGGGCUUGUGCCCAAGAGGAGCUGUUUCAAACUAUGCUAAAAUAGUCAAAGUGGCAAUUCCACAGUUAAAUGAAGAGGGUGAUGUCAUUGAAGCCAAAAGCGCUGGUCGGCAAAGUAAAAUGAAGGAGAAGGGAAGCAAUCUGCAGGAAACCUAUAAUGGUCUGAAAACUGACACAAUCCAGCUGGAAGAGAGAAAUGUCUUCUGUGGCUCCUACAAUAUUCGUAUCCUCAUGGACCAAUCAGACCAAAGCAGAGUAAUCCAUUACAGUGGUGGAAACUUGGUAGCUGUUGCCUCUGCAGAUCGAAAAGUGAGGUUUCUUGGAAUGCCAGGAAUAAAGGAACUGCCUCCUCUGCUGUCUGGCCAUGCCGGGACCAUCAAAGCACUCUAUCUCAAUGAGGAGAAGGGGUUUCUUCUCAGCGCAAGCUUCGAUCUCAGCAUCAGAUGCUGGAAUCUAUACAGUGGUACUUGUGUGAAAACCUUCAAUGGCCACUGUGGGACAAUCACCUGCUUGGAUUUACAUGAAGAGCAGUUUGUGUCAGGAGCCAAGGAUGCAAUGGUGAAAGUGUGGAGCCUGGAGAGUGGGAAAUGUCUCAAGACUCUGAAGCACAACAGUGCUGUUGGGGUGGUUAAAAUGAAUGGCACCCAUAUUGUCAGCGGGUCUGACCAAGGGCUGGUGAAGGUCUGGAGUGCUGAUACUGGAGCUCUGAUCAAAAUACUGGAGGGGCACCAAGGCCCAGUUAAGUGCUUGUCCUUUGAUCAGUGGCAUCUAGUCACAGGAAGCACUGACGGAUAUGUCCUGGGAUGGAGCAUGUUGGGAAAACUUAAGAGAUGCCUCGUAGCUUUCCGCCACCCUAAUGAAGUCCUGUCUCUGGAGUUCCUCUAUCUCAGAGUCCUCAGUGGUUGUGCUGAUGGAAAGAUCCGUAUAUUUAAUUACUUGACUGGAAUCUGCCUGAAAGUGUUGGUGGCCAAUACCAAAGGGGAUCCCAUAUCUUCUUUCUGUAUUGGAGGAAACAGGAUGGUGAUCAAUUCAUCAAGUAAUCUGUUGCUGCUUGAGUUUGAGGAGACCAGGUGGGACUAUACCUUAGAUGCUGACAGAAAGGUGGUGGGGAAGAAAAAACAGGACAAAGGGACUUCACGCAGGAAAUCUGUUCAGCGAGGGAGGCACCGCAGUGUCAGUCAGCAGCACCGACCUUCCUGGGAGAGAACAGACCUUGAUCUGCAUUACUUCCAGCCACCAAAAAGCUCUGGAACAUCUCCAACUCCUUGGUAUGAACUGAUGACACCAGCAGCUCACCAGCAACAGCAGCCUUUUCACAUUCAGGCAGAGCAGCAGAAAAAGCUUUUCAUCUCUUGCACCACAGAAGCCCUGGAAAAGUCAGAGAGACAAUAUUCUGCAAGGAUCCUGGCAGAUGAUGAUGGCAAAGCUGAACAUGCCUCUGACAAGGCAGAAGCUACUUUGCAGCAUGAAAGGAAAAGAGACUCAAGACGUACAAUGUCCCUUGACAAGUUCCUCUUAAGGGUCAGCAUGCUGCAGAACACCUGCAAGCCAGCCCUGGACAGCUCCAGCACUGAGAAUGAUGUGAAAGUCAGAGAAGCAUGGGAACCUCCUCUAGAGCAUCAGUACCAUGCAAAGGUACAGAAAGACAAAACUCCUCUGCCACACAAAAGGGAUCAGACAGUGCUGCUCCAACGUGCGAGACAGCACAGUGAUUCCCUGACUGUGAGAACAGUUUCUGUCCCUUUUGAAACCAAAAUGCUGCAGCUCAAGCUGAAAAACUCUUUGUAUGGACCCACUGUGAAUUCCUCCAUCCCUGCUCCUUCUGUGGUACGUCCCAAGACUCGUGAUUUGCUGCAGGAAAAGAAAGCUCACAGUGGUGGUGGUAAAGCCAUUUCUUCCGCAAAAGAAGAGGUUCACGUCGCCAGUCCCUUUGCAGCUUCUUCUCAACUGAUCAAAUCAACACGGGUGAUCAUUGAACAAAUGAAAAACGAAGCAUUUCCGAUGAGAAGAAAGUCCUUCUGCCCAUAUGCUGCAAGCUCCUCCCAGAGUGAUGGGGAAUUCAGGCUUCUGACAGGGAAACAGAAGGAGGUGUAUGAGGCAGCUGCUGUAGCACAGUAUCAGGCACACCAGGAAAAGCUCAGAGAAGAGCAGCAAAGAGCAUGCAAGAAGGCCUGGUUAAGGAAAAUUAAAGGCUUACCUAUAGACUAUUUUACUGGGGAGGGGAAAAUACCUGCUCCUGAACUUGGGUUUAAUACAUUUCUUUGAGUUUAAGGGAUUAUCUCCAGUGUAAGUUUUUCCAAUGUUAUUGGUACAUUCAUC